AUUGUCACAACCAACAUGUAUGGAAGAACAAAAUGGGAACAAUUGCCUACGGAAAUCCUAGAACUGAUAUUUUCUAUGAUGAAUGACGAGAAAAGCAGUUUUCUGGAGUACCAGCUUGUUAAUAAACAUUGGUACAAAACUACACAGCGCGUAUUUUAUCGACACUUGCAAGUCAGCUACGAUCCCUUUGAACACGGAUUAAGUAGAUCAGGCAUGACUCCAUAUACAAGAAUACAGCAUUUGUUAAAUGAUGCUUCUUUUGAUGUGGGAUCUCGAGUCAAAAAGAUUUCAUUUAGUUUUGAAGACGCAUGCAAAGAUACAGACAUGAAGUUCUGGGAGACACUGAUCAUCAAAUGCCCCUAUGUGAAACAAGUCCGUUGUUAUUUUGUUUUAACUUCAGAGCUUUACAAUGAACUGGCUUUAUUUCUAAAUGAAGACAGCAAUCGUUGGAAAUAUUUGGAGCGAUUUGAAGCAGGAGUAAUUACUGAACAAGAUGAAAAAAAUCAUGCGAAUUUCCUCUGUCAGAUUGGAAGCACUCGGCUAAAAAGGAUAGAGCUUUCUCAUCUUCCAGAUAUGUUCAACCGCAACUUGACCAAGUACUUGAAGCUUUUUAACAACUUAACACAAUUGAAAAUGUUUGUUAAAGAGUCUCUUUUAAAUAACCUGUUUGAUCUUGAACAACUGUUUGAUGCUACUCCAAAACUUGAAGAAUUGGAUAUUCACUGGACAUCAAGGCCAGAUGAUGAAAAUGAAGUGGAUACCACUUCCCCUACUCUCUAUUUGGGAUCCUCAGAGAAAUGCAAGCCUAUCCUUACUAUGAGAAAUCUACUGGUGGAGUCUUAUACAUCAAGCUACCCCAAGCACGAAUUAGAGUUUAUUAUGAAGAAAUUUCCCAAUCUACAAAAAAUAACAUUUGAAGCAAGCGUAGUCCAUCAUAUUGAGUCUGGCGAACAAGUAGCCUUAACUGCGGCAAUUGAGGACAUGAUUGGAUUUACUUGCAGCAUAAAGUGCUAUUGUUUCUCUUUGCGACACCAGUUUGAUAUCAUGCUAGCUAAGCAUUAUUUCGAUGUAUUUUCUAAUGCUUCAAAAGGGAAACCAGGUUUAGAGAUUGCUUUCCUAAAACAAAACAAGCCACAAGAACUCAGUAUUCUCAAGCAUGGUGUUAAAAGCAUGCCUUGGAUGAAAAUUGAAAUUGAAAAAGACGCAUUACAUUCUCAAACGUUCGAUACGUUUAUGGGUAUGAUUGGAUCCAAUCUAAACACACUUAUGCUCAGAAGCAGCUCUCAAAACAACGAUUAUGUCCUUGGUCUCUUGGGUUAUGCAUUUGUCAGUAUUUCAUCGUUCAGUCUUCCUACAUUUGAAUAUCCUCUCGCUGCUGUAUUAAGCAAAUGCUCCCUUUUGAAAGAAUUAAUUAUCAGUCAUGGUGAUUUUGAAGCUUACGACGAGAAGACAAUGAUGGAGCUCCACAGUAACUCAUUAGAAAAGUUUGUUAUUGAUCACAGCACUGUUCCAAAUCAUUUUUUUACACUCUUAUCCACAAAAGCAUGUUUUCCCAAACUGAAGAAUCUAUUUAUACGUGGUUGUGGGUUCUUUUCCUUGUCCCAAGAAACAUUGAAUAUACCUGAAGCUGAUUUAGAUACACUUUCUUUAUUAAAGUCAAAAAGUUUUGAGGAUCUGUGUGAAAGGAUGUUUGAAGAUGAAAAGAAAGAAGUCAAUGUGAAGAUAACAACUACUCUUGAUGACCAAGACAGAUAUUACUAUUACUGUUCUGAUUUCAGAAAGAAGCAGUUGGUAUUAACAAACAAGCAAGAAUAUACAUUUUCAUCCUCUAUUGAAUCGAGGUAUACACUCCACAUUGUUUGCAAAUCAAUCCAAAAACUUGAAGUUGAUACUGCAUUAGGCACAAUUUCAUUAGAUACACAACAAGAAUAAAAUCCAUUUGACAGCUAAAGACAAUGUUCCUUGAGUGAUUCAUAAUGUAUAAUUGGAUGAGAAUGCACCGGAUCUCAAAUAUAUUUUUAACAUCUUGUUCACCAAGUUGACUUCUUUUCUUCUUUCAAUUAAAUAAAAUGACAGACUUACCUUCACUUCGACAAAAAAUAGACUCACUUGAUACAACCCUUGUUAAUAUCCUUAACGAGCGUGCUCGCGUUUCGCUUGAUAUUGGAGCAGCCAAAAGAAAAGAACUGUAUGUAUUGCUUUAUCUU